UUCCACUCUCUCACUCAAGCAUUCCUUCAAACUCUUCGUGACACUUUGCUAGACUGAACAAAAUGUAAAAGUCCUGCUGCAGGAGUGACAGACCAAACCGUCCAUGAGCAGUAAAGAUGCUCCCCCAGUGUGAAUUUCUACAACCCAGAUCAACUCGCUCUCUCUCCCUCUCCCUCUCUCAUCUCUGCGCUGCAGCCACACUCGCCGGAUCGUGUUGGAAGGAGGAAGGAGGGAAACGCAUGCAGGCACUGCGAGGAGGGAAAAAAAAGGGGGGGAAAGUUGCAGCCAGUGGCCGAGCACCAGCGCCUUAUCGGCAGGCUCCCACCAGAGAUGUAGGAGACUCCGACCCUGUCGCUUCCCACAGCCUGCGAGUCGGUGCGUCUGCUGGGGGCCAGCUGGAAUGACCCGGGUGAACAGGAGCACUCUGGAAACCCUCGGUGGGGCUGCCCGCUAGGAGCUGUCUGUGAUCCCACCCCCCAUAGCCAAGCCACCCAUCCACCUGCCCGCCCCAGCGACCACUAAACCCACUCGCCGGCCACCCGAAUAGGAGGCUAUGAUCCCUUGGGCUCUUAUCAGCUGAUGGAUUCUGAAGCAAACGCCAGCCCAGCGGCCCUAUCUGCGAGCGCAGAGGUGUUGUGGAAAAACAUAUCCAGAAAGAUCUACAAGUCGCCUGCUGCCCAGAUCCCAGAGAAACCGUGAAUGAGUGCGAAACAGAGAGAUCCUGUCGCAGAGAGACACCGGCCAACCCUGUCCCCUUCUCUCAGGGCAUGGCCCAGGUCCAGGAUGGACACCCAAAAGAAUGCGACAGCCCUGCAAUGUUAGAGGAGAGUCAGGAUGGUAUGGACAGUGGUAGCCUGACCCCUGGCACAGCUCGACAGGUCUGCAUCCAGCGCCACCCCAUCCACGGCUUUGGCUUCAUCGCCGGCAGUGAACGGCCUGUCAUUGUACGCUCUGUCUCUGCGGACGGACCAUCCGAGGGCAAGCUUUUUGCUGGAGAUCAGAUCUUAGCCAUCAACGAGGAACCGGUCAGCGACGCACCCAGGGAGAGAGUCAUAGACCUUGUAAGGCGUUGCAAGGAUUCUAUUGUUCUGACUGUGCUGCAGCCCCAACAGUCGCCUAAAUCUGCCUUCAUAAGUGCAGCCAAGAAAGCUCGCCUGCGAACCAAUCCCCCAAAAGUGCGCUUUUCUGAGCAAGUGUCCAUCAGCGACCCAGACUCAACCAUGCUUAAGGACGACUCAUUGCUACUGAUACCAAAUGUGUUGAAGGUGUUCCUGGAGAACGGUCAAAUCAAGUCCUUUACGUUCGACAGCCGCACCACAGUCAGGGAUGUGAUGUCCUCACUACAAGACCGUCUCUCUCUACGCUACAUCGAGCAUUUCGCCCUGGUUCUGGAGUCCGGAGGGCUCGACCAGAACCAGAGACUGCACCUGCUGCAGGAGAACCAGCCUCUCUCUCACGUCGUGCACAGAACCUACUUCCAAGGGAUGAAGUGUCUAUUCCGGAUAUGUUUCUUCCCCAAAGACCCAGCCGACUUAUUGAGGAGGGACCCUGCUGCGUUUGAGUACCUCUAUAUACAGAGCCGCAAUGAUGUGAUCAAAGAACGCUUCGGAAUGGACUGGAAGGCUGAUGUCACACUCAGGCUGGCAGCGCUCCACAUUUACAUCACAGUCUCAAUAGCAAGACCCAACCAGAAGAUCUCCCUCAAGCAUGUGGAGAAAGAAUGGGGUCUGGAACCUUUCCUUCCUCUUACCUUGUUGCCAACUGUCAAGGAGAAGAAUGUCUGCAAGACCCUUUCCCAGCUUCUGAAGACAUAUCAACACCCCCCACCUGCUGGCAACAAGGUGCCGGCUCUUCAAGGAAAGCUACAGUACAUGCGCGUGCUGAAUGACCUUCCACCUUUUGGAGGAUUGUUGUUUCACACAGUUGGACUGGAUGAGAAGCAUACAGCCACUACAUUGUUGGUGGGUCCCAGACACGGCAUCAGUCACGUAAUCGACCUAAAGAAUAACCUCACGACGGUCUUGGCUGAGUUCAGCCGUGUAGCAAAGGUGCAGCUGUUCCGAGAACAUCAGGGAGUAGCCCGUGUCGAGGUGGCUAUUCUUGAAGGGAAGCCCCUGGUCUUGUUGAUGGAGUGGCCAGACGCGUCAAACUUUGCCUGUUUGAUUUCUGGCUAUUACAAGCUCUUUGUGGAUCCCAAAAGGACUAUCUACUACAGGACACCUGGUCAGUCUCAUAUGAUCAAGGCAGAUUUCAGAAGCUCCCACCCUCAUUCCCGCUCUGGGGCCUCUGCGUCAAGCAGCAGUCGGCGGGAAGAGAGAGAGGGGUCGUCCAGAGAGGCGCCGCAGAAGACAACAGCGCCACCACCGUCGCAACACCUUGGCCUCUGUCAUAUCCAUUUGAAAGAGCAGCAGCAGCUGCAUGACCUUCAAAUGCAGACGGAGGACCAGCUGGAUAUUAACGAGAACCUCAUCUCCCAGGGACAGAACCGUUCACGCACAAAGUCUGAUCCUACCCUCAAGAGCACUGAGUCAGUGGCAGAACCAGAGAGCCCCAAUCACGAUUGUUCAGGCUUCAGGGGCAGGGCCAAAACAAUGGAGAACUCACAGCGUACAGGGAGGUUCUUCUGUGACUCCUGCAAGGCAAAACUGAAGGCUGGGGGAGUGAUGGCAGAGAAAGGAAUGUCUGGAAAGCUUGCCCUACAGUGCACAAAUGCAUGUUUCUCCCGUGACGGAGGAGCUGUUGAUCUUACAGCUCUCCCUCCUCCUGGGAGUGAAGAGGACGAGGAGACAGAUGAGGGAGGUGGGAAGUUGCAACCUCCGCCUCCUGCUAUAGCAGCACCACCCCCAGGGUUUCGAGAUAACAGCUCUGAUGAGGACGACUCUAAAAAGAACCGAAAAGCUGCCGCAGCUGCUGCAGCUGCUGCCGCCGCCGCCAACAGAGCUGCAGCACCUGCGGGUGAUAGUCAAGGGGAUGUACCAGUGACACUGAUUGAUAAUGUGGCAACCAGGACAGUGAGAGACCAUGCUCAGGAGCUGGAUGAUGCAUUAGUGUCCACUCUACAAGCCCUGGAGGCACUAGCUGCAUCAGAAGACUACCCUCAUCACCAUCAGCAGACUCCGCAGACAGCAGGGUUGAUUGUUUUGGCAGCCAUCACUCCAGAGUCUUCUCUCGAUUCUGGGCAUGAGACUAACUCAUCAGAGCUGACUGAUGUGUCAGAAAUGGUGUCUGCUAUGAAGCAGCAUCAGAACCAAGCCUACCUUUUGGCCCACCACAUCAACAAGGAGCGAAUAUUCAGCCGCCGUGACUUUCCUUUGACAAUCCCUGGCUGCACAACACAGGCAAUUGGAGGAGGAGCUUUUUCCAUGGGACAAAUCCGUGGUGUUUGCCCACCAAAGCCUGUGAUCCUUACUAAAACUAUGCCCCUGAAAGUCAGUUCCAGUCAAGGGGCCACACCCUCUGGCACUCAGGUGGAGCAAGGUAAGACCCAGGAUUUGGUAAGGAGUGAUCAGGAUGCAGAGAAAGCAGAAUCAGUAUCCACCAAAGAAUACUCUGCUGAUGUUGCUCUUCAAGUAACUGAGGAGUUGAAAGUUCCUACGCAAGAGGGCACUCCUGAGGUUAACAAAGAGGAAAGGUCACUAUGUUCUAAAGAGGGUAAGCUGAGCCCUAAUAUCUCUGAAAAAGACAAGGAUAAAACCUCUGGGCACUCAACCCCAGAAACUACCAAUAAAGCCUUACCUAUUCUCUUGCCUGUGGACAGAACUGCUUCUGCCAAGAUUUCCCCAACAAACAUGUGCCAAGAUGCCGAGACUGCCUCAAGCGAGACCAAUAAGCCUUCUAGUUCAAAGGCCCUACUGCCAGCUGAUGACUUGUUCUGCACCUGUCCAGUUCGGCCAGAGCCUGGGCCACAACUACGACUAAAAGACCCGCAGGCCCAAAAGGUGGUAGUGUUCCACUCAUCAUCUCCUACUGAUGAUGAGAGACUCCGUGCCAAAGGACUACAGUUAGCCAGCAACAAAGACAGCGCAGUCAAAACACCUGAAAUAAACUUACCUAAACCUAAAGCCCUUCCUCCAGCAAAGUAUUCCCCAAGUUUGCCUGUGAAAUUGGAAAGAAAAGAAAUACCAGAGGCCAAGACAGAGGGUUCCAAGAGUAAAGUCUCUGCUGAACCACAGAAAAGCACUAAAAGUGUGCCUGUCCUAGUAGAUACAACACAUGUUUUGAGCAGUGGAGAAAAGGGUGCAACUAUCCCUGGAGCAGAGUAUAAGAAGCAGGCAAACAACAAAGCCAAGUCGCAGCGUAGCGCUCCAUUUCUGAGCAUUAGGAAUCUAAUUUCAGCUACAUUCCCUGCCCGUCUGCGGAGGGAGACAGAUGAACGCCGUGCACAACUUCAAAAAGUUAGGCAGUACGAGCUAGAGUUCCUGGAGGAGCUUCUAAAGCCUAAAACAUCACAGGGGGAGUUCAUCCCCCAGGGGUCAUCUCCCAUUCCCUCGGGAACUCCAUGUGCCUGCCAACUACGGACAAGCCCAGUACAGAAAAUCCCAGGCAUCUCACGGGAGCAGCGACGUAGCUGUGACUGUAAGAGGAUGUGUAGGGGAAUGCGUCUCCCUGAUACUCCAGUGGGUUCUGUAAUGGAGCAGAGAGGAAGAGAGAGGACCAUUUCCCAAACUCCCCCUGCAAAGCCCAAAUCUCCACAUAGUCAAGGAGCCACUAGGCGACCUCAGACUUUGGAGAUCAAAACUACACGAAUCCGCUCCACAAGCCUGGAAUCAAGAGAACCCAGAGAUACACCUUUGUCCUGUUUACCUACAUGCACCUCUCGCUCGGAAUGCAUUGGAGCACCUCAGUACAAGAAGCUACAAAGGAGAUAUAGUAUAGGGGAGAUUGACAAUAAUGACAGCACACCCCUGUAUGCUGAGGUCAAAUCUACCAAAACGAAAAGCUUGGAGAAGGAGAUGGAAAGGGUUAGAGCGACGGGACUGAGACUCCCAAUUCCAGUGGAACCCAUUCAUACUCAAGGUGCAGAUACAAAAAAGAAAGGAGUAUUCUUUAUACAAGGUGAAGAACUUCUUCGUGAGGGUCGAGAAGGACCCACAGAAGUUCUACUUGGCUUACCGAGUGAAGACAAUGAGGACAGGGAAAAAUGUUGUUCCUUUUGUUUCUGUUAUCGCAAGUGUGAGGCAGCUGAUGAGAGCAGUGAAAAAGAUGAAUUGUCGUAUUCGAUUCCUCUCCAGGUCUUGCCUGGGAUGCAACUGGAUUCAAGAGCUAUGCCUGUCGUCAGCAAGACACUGCAGGUGCUUGAUGCCGAGGACUGCAGUGGAGAGGAAGAGGAAGAAGAGGAGGAACCACAAACUCAGGAGAUUGACCUGCGGGCCUGUGGCAAUUUAGAGACAAGCUUGUCACGAGUGCAGUCCCUGCAGGGAAAAACUUUCUGCCUACCUGAUGGCUUUCUAAACGCACAACUUGAUGCCAACGAGCUGCUUUCUAUUUUACGUCAGUGUGCCAACAGUCCCCAGAUCGAGGGUGAACCUCGCAUGCCUCCUGCAAGGUUGGCGGAAUACAAGCAAGAACUUGCAGUCCGCUUCAAAGAGUUCAGGGCGUCAUGUAGACGAGUGGCAAGCGUCGAGAAAAGUCCCUCACGGAUGUUAAGUGCCGUCACAGCCAGCUUCCAGGUGUUGUGCAGCCUAACUCAAACAUUCAUUCGCUUGGUGAGGGGGGUACGAUCUGAAACCCAAAGGCUACAGCUCCUACGAAAGGUAGAAGAGGUUGCAGUGAAUUACACCCUGCUUCUUCGGGCGGCUGAGGAAGCAAUGGGACACUCUAGCAGCUUGCCGACAAAGAGUGCAAGUCCACAACUCCCCACCUCAACCAACAUGGGCUCUCUUACUCGCCCCAUCAAAACUUUGCCCAGCAAGUGAACUUCCCUUUUGCACAGGAGGAUGCGACGGCUCAGCAUGAGUAAUGUUGUACAACACUCUCGGUCAUUUCUUAUUCUUAUUCAUUUUGUUUACAUUUUAACAGAUCUUUCCAUGGUUCACCAUUACAUAAAGGUCCCUUACAUGUUUACAGAGCUGUGCCAGCACCAAGUUGCUCUACUGUCCUUGCAGAGGACCUUUGAGUACCUUGCACUUGUUUGUGCCAAGGAGGGAGAACAAUAGAACCAUCCUUCACCUCCCUGCUGUAUGGACGAUCAACAGGGCUACUCACCUAAAGCUCUUUUACAUAUAUCACUGUCAUAGUCAAAAGACUCUAAGUUUUGGACAUGUUUGAUCGUUCCCGUAUUUAAAAAAGAAAUCUGGAGUGAUCAAUUACACUAUGUAAAAACUGUAACAAAUAUUGCGGAGGAAUAAUACAGUAUCUCAAAUACACGCCCUGGGGCAAAAAUCUCGCAGAGAACAUGUUCAGUAGCAGAUUCUGUGAAUUAGGUAGUGAAAGCGAUGGUUAUUUGGUGACGUGCUUGUUUGUACAAUUUUGAUUUUUGUGACAUGAAAUCGAGUUCUCCCUUUUCACAAAAUCACAGUCACGCGUUUGGACGUGCAUCUCCACCAGAGUCUAAAUUGCCUCGUUUGAAAAGGAUGUUAAGGGGCCACUCACAAGGUGGUGGAAAUGGAACACCUGCUCAGGGCAGACAAUGUAGCAGACUUCCAAACUCACCAGUGUAAAUUCCCUUCAGGCAGCGUUUUCCACCAUGAAGCAAAUGAAUGAGUUUGAUCUUAUGCCAAAAAGAAAGAUGGAAAGAAAGCAGCUCUGUCUGGGGGAAUGCACAAACAGUGUCACUUUCACAUCAAAUACACUAGAUUAAUUUAGCACCACACCUCGGGUAGCUGCAAAAAGGUUUCAGCAGGGAUGACCGUGAUAACGGAACCCACACGAUCCACACCUACCACAUUUAUCACUUAGCUUAAGGCUAAACUCAAGCUGUUUCUAUACAUGUAUAGAUGUACCGAUGGCCAAAAGGUUUUGCUUUUCUAAAAACGUUAUUGUUUAAAAAUGUUUCAGCCCUAUAUUUAAGCUUCUCCUCUAUAUCCUAUUUGAAACCAUUACUGAAUUUCUUGUGUUGUCAUCCAUUGUGCACUCCAGAGAAUAUUCCAGAAACCCACAGAGUAGUUUUAUAUGUAUUUUAAUAAAAUCUGAAAACGUC